UGUCAACCUUCCGAAUGCCAACCACACCAUUCCUGGAAUCCCAAGAUCAGAUCGAGCACCGAAACUGGGACACCGAGAAUAUUGUCUUGUCCUCCUCAAAUCAUCAAGGAAACCCCGAAAUCUCUCUCCCUAAAGCCAUGCCUUGCUAUGGCAUAGCCUUCCCCGGAAGCGACCCCUCUCGCCUCUGCCUCCCUCCUCCUCCUCCUCCUCCUCCUCCGUCUACCCUCACCCUCCAGGCCUUCUUCUGCCCGACCCGGAUCCGAUUCGGGCCCGUACGUUGCAGGGCCGGCCGGAUCGACGACGGGGUCGUGGCGGCCUCCGCGUUCUCCUCGGCGGAGGCGAGCUUCUACGACCUCCUGGGGAUACCCGAGUCCGGGUCCCUGCCCGAGAUCAAGCAGGCGUACAAGCAGCUCGCGCGCAAGUACCACCCGGACGUGUCCCCGCCGGGCCGCGUCGAGGAGUACACCCAGCGGUUCAUCCGGGUCCAGGAGGCCUACGAGACGCUCUCGGACCCUCGCAGGAGGGCCGUGUACGACAGCGACUUGGCCGGAGGGAUUCACCUGGCUUUCUCGGCUCGCAGGCCCUACCGGUGUGAUGAGGACCUGGAGGAUAAAAGCGGAUGGAAGAGCCGUUGGCAGGUUCAGCUAUCGGGGUUGAAGGGGAGAAGCGCUCACAAAGAUUCCAGAGGGAACAUGUCUUGGGGUGCACGGAUGCGCAGAAAAAUGGAGGAACCAUCGGGCGACUCGUAGAUUGGUUCGUGUUUAGUCAUGUACAUAUAUAGCUGCUGGUUUGGUAGAGGAUAUCAACGGCAAUGCUCGUUGAGCGUAUGCUCUUUAUCGAACGAAAGAAUAUGGUAGAGUGAGAUGCUUAUCAUGCAGUUACUUGAAGGCGAGGAAUGUAUAGUUUAUGGCGCUGAAUGUUCACGAUAAAUCUAUAGGUGAAAUGCGUUACCUAAAGUUUGAUGGGAUGGACUUCUACUUUUUC